GUAUAUUUACCUCCACAUCAUGGAUUGGAGACAGAAAGUGACCGGCCUCAAAGCCAGACUAUCUUGUCAUUCCACACCUGCUGUGGACAGGGUGGACGAAUUACGCAAGAGAGACGCGCAGCAAAGUACACCAUCCACUGCCACACCGAUGACCAAUGAGAGCUGCGAAGCUUCCACACCAUCCUACUCUCAUUUCUACAAUGCGGCGAUUAUCGGCGUUGCUGAUCUUCUACAAAGUACUGCUCCAAGAAAACGUCAUUCUCAAUCCGCAAAUCAUCGGCUGACCGACUGUCGCAUGGCGUCAAAUUCUCCGAAUCCAACAACUCCCCAUCAAUUCCACACUCGCUCGCCACCUCCUACCAUUCGCCCCUAUAGAUCAAAACGACACCCCCCAUGUGACGGAUGCCGACGGAGAAAAGUACGCUGCGAAGCCGAUCACCAUGGCAGCUGUCAGCGCUGUUUAGCUGCGGGUCAGUAUUGUUCCUUUACUCGUCUUCGCCCUCGCCCUCGGCCUCACUCUCGUCAGGGCACUGUGCCGCCGAAACCACCUUCACCAGAAACCCGACCGGUCGCAACAAGCAACUUGCAAGCGACCGAGGAUCUGGUGGUGGACCAAGAAGAUCCCCCAGUUGCGCAUCAAGCAGUCGAUAUCCCUUUCUUCGAGCUAGACACGGUGAGAAUCUCUGCAGAUCCAGGCGGCACACGCCCGCACACGCCUUCUGCCUUCAAAGAAAGACACACGCAUCAGACCAUCCAGACACUUGAUGGUUUGGCUGGUGUAUCCUACCAGGUCAAUGGCGCGUCAGCCGAAUCUGACCCGUGGCUUCUAAGACACUGCAAAUUCAACGACAGAGGCUUCCUCUCCUUCCACCAAGUGCACUUCCGGAACGCAGGGGGCGUUCCGUUUGACGAGAAGAUUCCCUGCCAUUUUUUGGUCUCGUCGGAUCAGCUCUAUGAGUCUUCCAAGGCUCAGCUGCUUCCGCCAGACCCACUGAACACACAUGAGCAAUUAAACCACAUUGUACCCCCCGAAUGUGGCCAGAGAUUGGUAGUGCUCUUCAUGAAGUUUAUAUUUCCGACGCUGCCGAUCAUUUCGCGGUCACAUUUUGGGCUUGCAGCAGCAGGCACGGUGCCCGACCAGAGUAUCCUUCAAAGGACACCCUUGUGUCUUCUGGCUGCAAUCUACGCAUCAGCACAACCAUUCGCCAAGUUUGAUAACUAUCUCUGCUUGAUUGAUGCGUACGCUCCUCCCCCGACUGAUCUGCUCUGGCGCAUGGUUCUUGACCUUCUGCUACGGGACAUCCACACUGCCCGUCUUUCGACACUCCAAGCAGGAAUUCUCUACCUUCACAGACCAAUCAGCGCCACUGAAAGUGCUGUGGCUGAUAGUGCCUUCACCUGGUCCUUGGUGGGCAUGCUUGUAGGCAUUGCCAUGUCGCUUGGGCUUCAGUUGGAUUGCAGGCUCAUGGGACUUCCAUUAUGGGAAAAGAGGAUUCGUUGUCGCCUCUGGUGGGCCAUCUACGCCGAAGAUAAGUGGCGUUGCUUGCUUAUUGGGCGUCCGUCUUACAUAGGAAGCGACGAUUGGGACACCACAGAUCUGAGCGAUGAUGAUUUCGUGAUGUCCGAGAGUCUGCGCCUGGCCCUGCAGCAACCUGCUAGCGUCUCCCUAAUGUUAAAUCAUGCCAUACUGACCAACUUCUGGCCCCAUAGCACGCUAAAGGCGUCGCAGCGUUUAUCGCCGGAUUUUCAUGCAACGCUGGAAACUGCCCGUCCUCUUCUACAGAAGCUCAAGGAGUGGUACGCGCACUCCCCAGUAUCGGUACGUCAGCCCGAUCAUCAGCCCACUACUCUGGACAGCAUUUACUGCCAGUCAAACUGCCUCCGUUUUGCCUGCAUCCUUCUGGAGGUAUUUGUGUUCCGCGCCCUCCUGCGGCCGAUGGUUCGGUCUGCCGCGCCGCCUCCGUUGCUCGAGGAGAAUUUCGAGACAACGGAAUUCACGAACCAAUUCAACGACCUCCUGGCUCAGUUGUUCGACGCCGAAGAGAUCGAGCCGUCCAUGGCCAUUGACAUGUCCGAUGAGAAUGGCAUGGGGAAUGCGGUGCUCCGCGCAGCCGAUAAUUGCGCGGCGAAAGUAAUCCGUCUGGUGAUGCGUAUGACUACCAGUGACUUGUCGAGCUUCUGGUAUAGAUGGUCCCGUGUCGGAUUUGCAACGGUCUCUAAUUUCCUACUGCUACUGCUUGUACAAGCGCCCACAAAAGACCACGCUCUUCGUGCCAAAAGCCUUGUGGACCUUUGGCGUCAAACCUUACGGAACCAGAGCACGGGGUGUCCGGCCAUGAAUCUUGGGUUAGUCAGAUUAGAUGGGUCUCUUUGGUCUGGCCUGGCGAGAAAUUAUUAUCUCCCAAAGCAAGUGAAAGAAGUCCUGGAAGAAUAGGAAGGAGUUCUGCGGAGGAUGAUGCGUGUCUUACAGAAGGAUUGAGGGGGGAAACUUACGAGAUCAGGCCCCACAAAGCGCCCCCAGUGCGUCUGGUGACUUUCACGAUGAUUGGAAGAUGGAGGCUGAUAUACUGUGCUCAACUUGGUAAAAGGAUCAAGGGCCCGGACCUGGUCAGUGACUGAUUACGUCCCUAAGUACCAAAGCUAAAGGAAAGCGAAUGUGAGCUGAAGCAGAUGACCCCGACGUCAUCAGACACCAUAUCUCGCGUUGACUAAGUACUUAGCUCAGCUAGCAAUUUAAUAUGAAGUAAAAUUCCGGAUCAGCUCCCUCACAG